AUGGGAUGGACUGAUGGGGAAGGUCUAGCAGCUCUUGAUGGUAAGGCCUUCUCAGGAGCUGUUUACAUGGUAGUGCAGUUGUCAGAUCUGUACGUUUUGUUUUCUUUACAGGUAACUGUGCUGGUCCUUUUUGCCCUUGCGUUCUUAACAUGUGUUGUAUUUCUGGUAGUCUACAAGGUUUACAAGUAUGACCACACCUGUCCAGAAGGAUUUGUUUUCAAGAAUAAUCAAUGCAUUCCAGCUGGGUUGGAAAACUACUACUCUGAACAAGACUCCAGCGCUCGAGGGAAAUUUUACACAGUCAUAAACCACUACAAUCUGGCGAAGCAAACCAUCACCCGCUCGGUGUCCCCGUGGAUGACGGUGCUCUCCGAGGAGAAACUGUCGGAGCAGGAGACAGAAGCCGCGGAGAAAUCGGCUUAGUGCGAUACGCUAAUUAUUAACACUAUGUCAUUUGAAGGUAACUAAGGGACUUUAAGGAACUUUUCAUUAACUAUAAUUAUGGAUAAUUUAGAGGUUACUCAUGUUUAUGGUGCAAUUGCUUCUGUUUGCUGAUACUGCUUCGCAAAAAAACCCAACCAAAACAAAAACAAAAACUUGCUGCAGAACAUUCAUGGGCAUAAAGCCAGGUGCAUAUCAGCAUUGCUUUAGAGCUUUGACACCAUUUUCAAUGUUAAAAAAUUCCAAUGUUAGGUAUGUUCUUGCAGUUUAUUGGAUGCUGACAGAUUUCUUCACUGGAUUUUCAGGGCUUGGACCUGAGAUAAAUAAUGUGUUCUGUUGUCUGAACUGAUACUUCAUUGAUUUUUUUUAGUCUCUGUCAUUUUGCAAACUGAAACACCCCAGCCAUAACUAGGAGUGAUCUCUUGUUUAGCUGAAAGCUGUAUUUAAUACCUAGUCUUGGCUCAAGCAAGAGUGGUAGUCAGCAGUGGUGUCAAGGGCGUAAUGUAAUGACUUGUAUGGAGAAAGAAACUGUCGGGUAGGAUUUUUCUUACAUUUUCUUUACUGUUGUUUCUUUGUAAGUGAUAAUGAAGUUCUCUGCAACAACGCAUGCUCAAUGUUUUAUUAUUGCUGUCAACAGGAUUUAACUGCAUUUCCACUGUGGCUUUAGCAUCUUGGUAAGGAUGUGCACUGAAACACAAACUAGAUAGGCAUUGUGGAAAAACACAGACAGUUGUAGUGAUGGAUGUUGAGGACAGUGUGAAAAGUACACAGUUCAGGGUGUUUAAUGAGAAACGACAUCUUUCGGUCAUACGUUAGAGGCAGAAAGCCUAUGCACAGUAGAUGUAGUCCACUAUGUAAUUUGUUGGAUAUGAGAGAGGGAGUAAUGUGUCUGAAGUUUCUCUUCUAUUGCAUUAACAUUUUCCCUUCUUACUAAUUAGAAAGAGCUUUCAGUUUCUCUAUGGUUUGCAGUUGGCUACUUUUUAAAACAGAAUCACAAGGGGGGAUGUGGUAACACAACAGGGUGUUUGGAGCUACAUGGGAAACAAGAGUAGAACCAUUCAGGUAGGGCUUGGGAGGGGAAGAGGUGUAGGAGAAAAUGUGGGUGCACGGUCACGUUCCAUUGUAAUUACAAAUUUAUCUGUUCUUUGUGU